AUGCUGCUUGAGAUAUCUUCAGACUUUGAUUCCCAUGACAAGAAAGGCAACACACCGUUGGUCUAUGCUGCAGCUUAUGGUUGUUUAGAGUCAGUCAUGAUUCUUCUAAGAGCCGGAGCAAACCCAUUGAAAGAUCAGCAUCUUAGUCUCUUGCACCAUGCUCUGAUGUGGGAACAAUGGAAUGUGAUAAUUGAGGUGUUUGAAUACUUUCGUGUGUAUGGGGAUUAUUCUCAUGAAUUUCUGCAAGGUGAACUAAACCAUCUCAUCACCAGCCCUUGGGGUUCGAGAAAAUCUCAGCCUGAACGACUCAAAACUCUGCUCAAGCUGGGGGCAGACAAACACGUCAAAAUAAACGAAGCAGGCCCCAGAGAAAAAUGGACGUUACUUCACGCAUCGUAUAAUAAGGCAUCUGCAACUGCCUUAUUUGAAGCAGGAUUCGAGCAUGUUGAUCAUCUUGAUUCUAAAGGCUUUACACCACUUAUGAGGUUUAUCCGGACGCGUGAGUAUGGUGUAGCCGAGGAAAUUCUGACCCAGGGCUGCAAUGUUAAUCUUCGAAAUGCCCAAGGAAAGUCGGCAUUACACACGGCAUAUAACAACUUGGGAUAUUGUUCGCCAUAUGAGGCUUGGGAUCCAUUCCAAACAUCCAUUGACUUUGCAUUCAUUGCGAAGCUACUUCAAAACAAUGCGGAAAUUUGGAACCCCGACACUUAUCGCUGUGCCUGCUCUCCAGGUGGCUGCCCGCCAUUUCUUCAACUCCCACGGGCUCAGGUCAUUGAUUAUUCCGCAAACUUCAAUGAAUCAGCCUACAUAUGGGUGCUGGAGUGGAUUUUGAUGGUAGAAGAGCUUCGAGGGGAAGCCGAUGCCCACCAGAUAUUGCAGUAUUUCAACCGCGUACGGGAGUUCGAUUUGGCGGGAAUGACCCACGUUUGCUGCAGAAACAUACACACGCAACGACUGAAAAGUUUUUCUAACAAAGAAUAUCUUGAUGGAGAAGAAAUUGACAGAAUCCUUGAAGAGGAAAAAGGCCAUGCUUCCGACCUUGAUGAGAAGAUGAAACAGAACAUUGCAAACCAAGAUCAAGAUUCAGUCAAGGAGAACUGGCUCGGUAUCCUUGUUGAUUUUUAUAUCCCUGACAAAAUAACCGUGCAAAAGCAUUUCUAUUUGCCUGGCGAAACAACUAUGCAAGUGAGUCCUUUGAUGUAA